AUGUCAUGCGUCCAUCUCGCCUCCUCGCCUACUCCGCCUGUAGACCCUCCGCAAUGCCCGGAGAUCCAUCCUCACCUGAAAUGUAGGCAUCAUGAGUCUACAACCCAGCAAGGAGCCUUACAGAAGCCGCUAGUGGUGAAGACCCAGAUGGAUACAGAGGAGGACCAAGGGAAGAAGAAGGUCACCGUCUUCUUCGGGACGCAGACCAGGACGGCUGAGGGGUUCGCGAAGGCGCUGGCUGAGGAGGCAAAAGCACGGUACCCUAUUGUCAUAUUUAAAGUCAUGGAUAUCAACGAAUAUGCUACUGAGGAUGAUGAGUACGAGGAGAACCUGAAAAAGGAGAGCUUGGCUUUGUUCUUCUUGGCUACGUAUGGAGAUGGCGAGCCUACUGAUAAUGCUGCCCGGCUCUACAAAUGGUUUACAGAGGGGAAAGAGAGAGGAACCUGGUUGGAAAAUCUUCAAUUUGGUGUGUUUAGUUUGGGCAAUCAACAAUAUGAACAUUUUAAUAAGGUUGCUGUGGUGGUCGAUGAACUGCUUCAUGAGCAAGGCGCCAAGCACAUUGUCCAAGUGGGGUUGGGAGAUGAUGAUCAGGGUAUUGAGGAUGACUUCUCUGCAUGGAGGGAGCUUCUUUGGCCGGAGUUGGAUAAGUUAUUUCAGGAUGAAAAUGAGACAGGUGCAUCUACUCCUUAUACAACUGCCAUUCCUGAAGACCGGGUUGUAUUUGUCAAGCCUGAAGAAGUUCCAUAUCUAGACAAAAGUUUGAGUUUUGCAAAUGGCCAUGCUAUUCAUGACAUACAACAUCCAUGCAGGGCUAAUGUGGCUGUAAGACGAGAGCUUCAUACUUCAGUUUUGGACCGGUCCUGCAUCCAUUUGGAGUUUGACAUAGAUGGCACUGGAGAACAUUAUAUAUCACUCUCACUUGCAUAUUUUGAGAACAUGUAG